UCUUAUAGCUGACCGUCGCAGUGGUAGACUCGUUCUGUCCUGAAAAUGGAACGCAACGCCGAUUCGAGUAGCGACAGCGAUGCGGAAAGUGAAACUCACGAACCGCAGACGACCAUCACCGUUGUUCGAUUAAAGCCCGGACACGAUGGAGGGGACGGAUCGCCACAGCAAUCGUGGUGGGCAAAGCGGAAGCAACGCAUUCUGCGGAAGAAAACGCUUUACAUGCGCAUGCCCAUCCUAAAAUGGCUGCCUAAAUAUUCGAUUCAAGAUUUCGUGGCAGAUCUUGUGGCCGGCAUCACCGUUGGAGUGACAGUCAUACCGCAAGGAUUAGCAUACGCAACUGUGGCCGGUUUACCUCCUCAGUAUGGAUUAUACGCUGCUUAUAUGGGGUGCUUCGUGUACGCUGUGCUGGGCAGCACACACGCCAUCACGAUAGGGCCAACGGCCCUGAUGGCCCUCGUUACGUACGACUCGGGCGCUACGCAAAUGGGGCCUGAAGCUGCCAUCCUGUUGGCCUUCCUCACCGGAUGCAUUAUCCUCCUCUUUGGUCUUCUUAAUUUCGGUUUCUUAAUCGAUUUUAUUGCGGCUCCGGUUGUGGCCGGAUUCACUAGCGCUGCAGCUUUUACAAUCGCCACAACCCAGAUCGAAUCUCUUCUUGGGCUCAAGUUUGAUGACGAAGGUUUCCUUAAUACGUGGAUCGCCGUAUUCGAGAACAUCGAAAAAACGAAAAAAUGGGACGCCGUCUUGGGUUUUUCAUCCAUCGCCGUUUUGCUUUUGCUUCGGAUGUUGGAUAAAGUGAAAUUGGGUGAAGAGGGUAAGAUGAAUCGAUGGCAAAAGUGGUUCAACGCCGGAUGUUGGCUCAUUUCGGUAUCGCGGAAUGCUAUCGUCAUCAUCGUUGGAUCCAUUAUCGCCUACAGUCUGACCGAGCCCGGAAGUUCUAGCUUUCCAUUCACGCUAACCGGUUCGAUUCCGAGUGGAUUUCCUCCUUUCAAACCGCCCGUCUUCUCGUUCACGAACGGCGACAAGACGUACACGUUCGUGGAAAUAUGCAAAAAUUUGGGAUCUGCGCUCUAUGUCACCCCGUUGGUUGCAGUUCUCGAAUCAAUCGCCAUCGCUAAAUCUUUCGCCAAAGGGAAAAGGGUCGAUGCCAGCCAAGAAAUGAUAGCUAUAGGUGCCAGCAAUAUUAUGGGAUCAUUCGCAUCGUCGUUCCCAGUCACGGGAUCGUUUUCACGCACGUCCGUUAAUUCAGCCAGUGGCGUGCGGACACCUUUCGGCGGUCUAUAUACCGCGUCCCUCGUUUUGUUGGCCAUCACCGUCUUAACGCCUUAUUUCUUCUUUAUUCCGAAAAGUUGCUUAGCAGCCGUUAUAAUCUGUGCUGUCAUUUUUAUGGUAGAAGUCCACAUGGUGAAGAUGGUCUGGAGAUCGAAAAGGAUUGAUAUUAUUCCGUUCGGAGUGACGUUCGUCUUUUGUCUCUUCGUCGGGCUGGAACAAGGCAUUCUAAUCGGCACGGCUGUUAAUUUAGGCAUGUUGUUGUACACAACCGCUAGGCCACGUCUACGAAUUCACAAACAUCAAAAUCCGACGAUGGAAUAUCUACAUAUCACUCCGGAUCGCAGCUUGGUGUUCACAGCCAUGGAAUAUUUCAUGUCCAGCGUUCGGAAGGCCUCUGCGCUUUAUCCGGGCAUUAUCGUUGUCGUCGACAUGAUCCACGUCUCUGCCGCAGAUUUCACGACCGCUUACGGAUUUAACAAUAUGAUUAAAAGCCUGCAAAAACACGGACAUAAACUCGUCUUGACGCGGACGAAACCCGAAGUAUUGCUCAUCCUGUCGCGAAUGGGAUGCGAUUUGCAUGUCCACACCGAUGGCACAGACAUGGAAAGCUUACUGAAAGAAGUUGUAACAUCGUCAUCGGUGCCAUUGACGUUGUUGGACUCGUCAUCUUCAUCGUCGUCGUCUUCCCCCACGGACAAACGGGAUUCACGAAUUGAAGAGACGUCAAUGAGCACAUCGGUCGAAGUAGAAAAAGAAGUCUGAUCAAUUCAAUUUUUUGUGUGUUAUGUGUAUGAUUUGAGUUGUA